CUUUAUUUUAGAAUUAGCUUGAGGAAAAAGUAGAUAUAUGUCACCAAGUUCCACCAAGGUAUUUCUUCUGCAUUUAUCUGAACCUCUCUAUGUUGUAGCGGCAUGGGGUAAUUCAAUAUGAGAGUCUGGGGAGAAAUUCCAAUUCCCUGUGACAAAACUAUGGAUUAUCUUUUCACUUUUUGGGAUUUAAUCUAGCAUCCACUAGAUUACCGGUCAGAUCAUCCCACUGCUAGGCCACAAGUUUACCUGAGAUCCUCUCAUUUAUGAUAUUUGACUUUCCACCAUUUUAUCAAGAUACAACCAAGAAAGGAGGCAAGAAGAAGGGUGGUUCCAUGCAGACAGUGACCUCCCAGUUCAGGAGAACUUGGGCAAACUGAUGACCAACUUAAGGAGCACUCACCCUCACUUUGUGCGCUGCCUGAUUCCUAAUGAGUCAAAGACUCCAGGUCUGAUGGAGAACCACCUGGUUAUCCAUCAGCUCAGGUGUAACGAUGUACUGGAGGGUAUCAGGAUCUGCAGGAAAGGCUUCCCCAGCAGAAUCCUCUAUGCUGACUUCAAGCAAAGGUACAAAGUACUGAAUGCCAGCGUCAUCCCUGAGGGACAGUUCAUGGACAACAAGAAGGCCUCUGAGAAGCUGCUUGGGUCCAUAGAUGUAAAUCAUGAGGAAUACAAGUUUGGACACAACAAGGUGUUCUUCAAAGCCGGUCUUCUUGGUGUCCUGGAGGAGAUGAGAGACGAGAAGCUGGCUGCUCUGGUCCGCAUGAUCCAGGCUCUUAGCCGUGGAUAUCUCAUGAGGAGGGAGUUUAGCAAGAUGAUGGAGAGGAGUUUAUGACAAUAAGCAGGGUUGAAGAAGAACCUGGAGGUCACAGUCAAAGACCUGCAGCAUCGCCUGGAUGAGGCUGAGAAUCUGGCCAUGAAGGGAGGCAAGAAGCAGCUCCAGAA